AUGUCAGGUGACCAGCCCUUAUCACAUAACCCGGAGUUCCUAAUCCGGCUAGCGGCGAUCGGUCUUCCGCAUGUCUUGCCGUCCAAGAGCUGCUCAUCACACCUCGUUGCCGACACCGUAACCAUGGCGGCGCAAGCGGCGUUGAUCGCCGAUACCAUCACCGGCAUGAAGCGGGCCUUGCGCAGAGAGCGUGAUGAUAACGGCCCUGACGACCCGAUUCUGGCGCCUACGAAUCGUGGUAACAAAAUGCAUGCUAAUGCUAAGUAUGUGAGCGAGGGUGCAAUGGGUUACAUCAACGCCGAGGAAUACUACAAGCAGAAAAUUGAACAUGCGGGCUAUACACGCUACAUCCUUCAGCCGAACCCGAUUCGCUAUGAUUCUGAGGGGGACGAGCUUGAUGAGGACGAUGAAGAUUCCGAGGCCGAUGCUGCGGCUGCUGAAGAGGACCCGUUCUCUGGAAUCGCGCUUGAAACUCUUCUUUGUCCCCUGAAACAUCCUUCUGAACUCCCUACCCAUCCUUCCAUGUCCCAACCAUACACGUCGCGAGCUCUGGAGCACAUGGCAUCGGCGGUUGAACACAAGCUACGCCAGGAGCGAGCUUUGCUUUGGCGCGCAAGGAGUUUGCAUAGACAAUUUCUCGGUGAUAGCGGUUGGAUGCCGUGCGGUGCGAUCGAGACUCCUAAUGAUUACCUGAUCUUUGAUCCCAGGCCCGUCAGCGAUGUCCCGAGCGUAUCGACCGGUUACCAGGGGCCGAGUGGGACAGGCACGCCGUCUGCAGCUGAGGUGGUCAAUGGCCCACAGGGCGCGACAGAAGAGGUACCCUCAAUAGCCACUGCGGAACUACAACAACCUGCACAGAAUGGAGAACAGCAGCAGCUUGAUCCAACUCAUAAAGAUGUGGAAAUGACAGAAGUCCCAGUACAUGAGGAGGAAGCCGACAAGAACGACCCGCAACUCAAAUCGGAAGAUACUGAUGCCACCGUUAAAGACCUCCCACCUCACCAAAACGCCGAUUCUUCCGCGCAAGAGAACAAUGGACAUGCAGAUGGGGCGGAUUCAAGUAGAAGCCCAACAGAAAGGCAAGAUGCAGACGCAACCAAGGACGGCGCUCCCGCUGAGUCGAACGAAGUCGGCGACGACACAGAACAAGACCUCGAAAUGCACGACGGAUCGUCGCCUGAACCACCACGCCGAAUGACAACGCGCGCACAAGCUAACGCGGGUAAUCCAACUGAGAAUGGCUUCCCACUCUCCUCCACCAACUCAGCCUUCCCGCUACCUACUCCUCAUCCCCUCUUCCUGGUCCCGGACCACAUCCUCCCAGACCCAAAUUUCGGCCUGCCUGCCACUGAGGCUGAGGAAACACGGCGUUUGCUCUGGUCGUACAUUCAAAAACAAGAAGAGACUGUUCGCGGGGUGGAACAUAUGCUUGAUUCGCUAAACAAGGCCUGCCGUAUGAAAGCGGACGUGCUGGAGUGGUGUAAGGCCGAGGGACACGUUGGAGAAAUGAGCGAUGGGGAGGACUGGUAUGAUCGCGAGCAAUGGGGGCUCGCUGAGGGGGAAGACCUAAAGAAGGGCACCGACGAGGACGAGGUUGAGACCGUCGAUGAGACACGGACGCAGGCAAAGAGAGGAAGGGGGAGACGGCAGUAA